ACCGGCAGGUAAGAGGAAGAAGAGAAGCUUCAGCUGGCAAACAAUACGUCAAACAAUACGAAUUGAUAUCAACAACAGUCCGCUACUUCUUCAUUCAAAUAGUCUGCCACCAGCCGCAGCAGCAGAGGAAGGAGAUCUGUAAUUUCAUGCUUCAGGUUUGUUUCAAUCGAAGCUGGCCUUUAAACAAUCCAUCCAUUGUUUCAAUCGAAUCGAAGCUGGCCUCCAGCCAAUAAACGAGCGAACUCUGAGCGCACGUUCAGCUCCAUCACAUUAGUGAAUUCAUGGGGGUCUCCGAAGCCUCGUCAAUGGCCUUCUUCUAGUUGUGGUGCUCCACCAGAAAACCCCCACGAUUAUGGCUUUGACUUAGGAGAAGGGGAGAUGGAAUACUGGUGUGCGGCCAUCAGACUGUUGAUAAACUGGGGAUCUCUCCCGAGCUAGAGGGGUGGGAGUCACGCCAUGUUUAAAGACGGCCAUGAGGGCCCUUUUCUCUCCAUCCUUCUUCUCCGCCAUUGUUCUUCUUGUAUACCACGAUGAGAAGAAUGAAAUUCCUCGUUCUGUUUCUUCUCUUCUUUUGCCACCUUGACCUGUCUCAGUCUCUCGACCUUUCGGGGCUGUACCGUUCCCUUGUCAGAUCCCAAGAAGAGGAUGAUGAUCCCACCCAUGGGUUUGAUCCUACCAAAGUCACCCCAGUCUCUUGGCGCCCAAGGGCCUUCAUUUACAACGGCUUCCUGUCCGAUGAGGAGUGUGACCACAUAAUCAAUUUGGCAAAGGGAGAUCUAAAGAAAUCUCAAGUGGCACGUGAUAAAACGGGGGAAAGCUAUUUGAGCGAUGUUCGCACCAGUUCUGGAACUUUCCUGAAGAAAGAACAGGAUGCAAUUAUCAAGAGAAUAGAGAACAGAAUUUCCACUUGGACGUUCCUACCAAUAGAAAAUGCUGAACCUAUACAAGUACUGCGCUAUGGCAUUGGUGAAAAAUAUGAACCCCACUUUGAUUAUUUUAACGAUAAGAAGAACAUAGUGUGGGGUGGCCAUCGGAUGGUGACAGUUCUUAUGUACUUAUCUAAUGUUACAAAAGGAGGGGAGACUGUCUUUCCCAAUGCUGAGGGUGUAAUUCAAGAGAAGGAUGAUACUUGGUCUGAUUGUUCAAGAAGAGGUUUAGCAGUGAAGCCCAAGAAAGGGGAUGCAGUACUCUUCUUCAGUCUUCACCCAGAUGCGACAACUGACCCGGCCAGUCUACAUGCAAGUUGCCCUGUCAUUGAAGGGGAGAAAUGGUCUGCACCAUGCUGGAUUCAUGUCGGAAACCGGAACACUAAGGUCGAAAUGGAGGAUGAGCCCAUCAAAGAAAAAAAUGAUCUCCAUUUAACAGAGCCAUCCAGCACGAACAAAACUGAGAAAGAUGAACUUUGAAGAAUGAGCAUGCAGUAGUCCGAGUGCUCAUGUUUAUGGAAAACAAAGUGCAAAAAAAUAAGUGCAUGGAAGCAUCCAUAUUUGAAAUGGCAGCAGUAUGUGGAGGUAUAUGUAAAAUGUGCAAGGCGUACGGUUUUCACUGAUCAUACAUACUGUAACAAAUCAAGCAUAUGCAGGAUGGUUGCCCUAUAUGGGAUAGUUGUAGCAUGUUUGAGGCAUAUGGUUGUACGCUUAUUGAUCUAUAUUUGUAGUGGAAAUGGUUUUGAUUACAGAAUGAAAUAACAAAAUUUAUUUUCUA